AUGCCAGGCAUUACUGCAACCAUCCAGUCUGCGUCCGUCGACACACUCCUGCAGGACUUUAAGCAGCAUGCUGAUUGGCAAUCCGGAGUGGCUGUCGUGGUCAUCCUGGGCCUCUUCACGUAUUUGAGUGUAUCCCUUUUGACUGAGGCCUUGUCACCACUGCGACGAUACCCAGGCCCCUUCCUUGCCAAAUGGACCAACAUCUGGCGACUUCUUCAGGUAAGGACAGGCCAUUAUCACCUUGAGGUCAAGAGGCUUCAUGAUCAGUAUGGCCCAAUAAUCCGGAUUGGGCCCAACAUACUUGAUCUCGAUAUUCCAGGGCUGAUCAAGACCAUUUACGGCAUCGAUGGUCGAUGGUGCAAGACAGAGUUCUACCAUAACAAUAGCACUUUCAUCAAUGGCAAGAUCACCUACCACCUGUUCAGCGAAACGGACCAGGUCGAGCAUGCCCGUAUGAAGCGGCCGAUUGCCAAGUGCUAUUCACAGAGCAGUCUGCUUUCUUUUGAGCCACUCAUGGACAGAGUGAUCACGGACUUCUGUACUCACCUCAAUUGUCGCUUCGCAAAGAGGUCUAAUGCUGCUACGUGCGAUCUGGGGGAAUGGAUCGCCUUCUAUUCAUGGGACAUGAACGGUGCCGCGUCUUUCAGCAAGCGGUUCGGGUACAUGGACAAGGGGCACGACUUCGACGACACCGUCGCAAUAGCAGACAAAGCACUAGAUUAUUUCGCCACUGUUGGGCAGAUGCCCUUCCUAGACUUCCUCUUGGACAAGAACCCAGUAAUACGAAUCGGCCCGCCUAAUCUAGGCAAUGUGACACGCAUUGCUCUUGAGCACCUUAUUUCACGCCUUCAAGGUAAGGAUGAGCACUUUGAUCCUCAAGUACCGGAUUUCCUCCAUUACUUCAUCGAUGCCAAAAAGUUGUACCCAGAUACUGUUGACGAUAGCACCAUCCUAGGCUACCUGCUCGUCAACCUUCUCGCCGGAGCGGACACCACGGCAAUUACUAUCCGUGCUAUCUUCUACUUUACACUGAAGAACGCAGCAGUCUACAGCAAGUUGGAGAAAGAGGUUCUUGCCGCUGAGUUCGGAGAAGUAGCACCGUUCAGUGCUGCCAGGGCACUGCCAUACUUAGAAGCAGUCGUCCGAGAAGCAAUGCGCUUGCAUCCAGGUGUAUGCAUGCUUCUGGAGCGGUACGUUCCGGGGGGCGGCUUGACCCUGCCGGACGGCAGCUUCGUUCCAGCCGGCACCGCUGUUGGCAUCAACCCGUACGUCGUGCAUCGCAACAGACGCGUUUGGGGUGACGAUGCUGACGCAUACCGGCCGGAGCGGUGGUUGCGCGGCGAGCCCCCGGGUCCCGUGGACGAGACUGAGGGAGCAUUCCGUGAGCGGUUGAGGUUGUUUAAUGCAAGUGAUCUGACGUUUGGUGGUGGGUCGCGUAUCUGCAUUGGACGCUCGCUAGCGCAAAUGGAAGUCUACAAGAUCGUCGCGACAUUGGUCAAUAGGUACGAGAUUGAGAUGGUAGAUCCGGGAAAGGAGUGGGAAGUCACUGGCAGUUGGUUCUGUCGGCAGAAGGGCCUGGAGUGUCACCUGAGAGCUCGCUUGGCACAUGAUGGAGCCAACCGAGGGCUCAUCGGUAAGACUAUAUCAUCGGCCGUGAUUAUGUUAUUUGAAAGCCACAGGUGA